AUGGCGAAUUACCUCGACGUCUCUCUCUGCGAAAGGCUGACGGUCGAUCAAGGUCCUCCUAUUAUGCUUCCGAAGAGGCUUGAUGAGGCUGUCGUUCAGUUUUACACCCUCACAAACGGUCAGACCUACAGCUCCGAUCUCCCGGAAACCAGGGGUAAGGUCUGCUUUGCUUCUCUAGGAUGGCUAGUUACUCUAACCAGGGUUGAAGGGCAAGUGAAACUUGAUCUGUUCCACCCAUCAAAUCGUGCCGAAAUCAAACUACCAGAUGGUGUGACCUAUCCGCUCGGUAACAUACGCAAGUUUGUGUUGUCGUCGAAUCCUGCUUCGACAUUGGAUUAUACAGUUAUGUUUCAGACCUUCUCUUCCUUGGCAUAUUGCAGACCAGGACUUGGCCAAGGUUGGACAAAGCUCAUGUUUAACGGACACAAUUACUUUAGGGACCUCACAUACUAUCAAGGAAACUUGUAUGUUGUGGAACAAUCCGGCAAAGUCUCUGUUGUUUGCGACAUUGAAGACCCUGAGCGAGCAUAUUUGAGUGUUGUUGCUCCAGAGAUUCCUGAUCAGGAGAAGCUUCUAGGUCGUAUGAAGGGCAUCAAAGAUCUAUAUCUGGUGGAAUCCGCAGGGUCCCUUUUGGUGGUUCUGUGUGUUUUCUUACAUCAUCAGUCUGAAACAACUGUUGGCUUCAGGGUUUACAAGGUCCCGUUCAGUAAUGGGGAGUCAUGGUCCGACUCAGAGGUCAAGGAUUUGGGAAAUAGAGCCCUCUUCUUGAGUAAAAGCAGCUCUUCCUUCUCCAUAGAGGUCUCGGGGGAAAACUCUGGAUUAUGCAAGCCCAAUUGCAUAUAUUUCAUGAACAGCAAAACGACCUCUCCAUACCUUGACUUGGAUGUUGGUGUUUUCAACAUGGAGGAUAAGACCAUUGAUCGAGACUUCCGCAAUGCCUUCAAACACAGGACUAAAGAACUCAGAGAAGUGACAGAACUCGUAUGCAAUCCCAAAAUCAAAGAACCCCUUCUAUGGAUUCAACCGACCCUCUGCUCUUGA